AUGGAUCUGGGAGAACUCAAUAAGAAGUCACAACUUACAUGCCAACAAAUGUUUAGGGGAGAAAAGCUCUUUGACUGCAGUUACUGCAAGAAAGCAUUCGGUAGCAAGUCACACCUUCUGGUUCAUCAGCAAGCUCCCAGGCAGGAGAAUCCCUAUGAAUGCUGUGAAUGUGGGAAAGUCUGCAGUAGGCGAGAUCAGCUCCUUUCACACCAGCGAACUCAUCUGGGACAGAAACCCUAUGGGUGUGAUGAAUGUGGAAAAGCUUUUGAUUUGAAAUCACAGCUUAUUAUACAUCAAAGAAUUCAUUCAGGAGAGAAACCAUAUGAGUGUUGUGAGUGUUGGAAGGCCUUCAAUACAAAGUCAAACCUUGUGGUACAUCAAAGAACCCAUACAGGGGAGAAACCAUAUUGUGUGGGUGUUCACAAUGGAGGAAAGCCGUAUGCGUGUCUUCAGUGUGGAAAAGCAUUCAGUUUGAAGUCACAGCUCAUUACACAUCAGAGAAGUCACACCGGGGUGAAACCCUAUGUGUGCAGUGAGUGCAGCAAAGCCUUCAGGAGCAAGUCCUACCUCAGGAUUCACAUAGGAGAGAACACCUAUGAAUGCCAUGAGUGUGGGAAUGCGUUCAGACGUAAAUACCAGCUCAUCUCACAUCAGAGAACUCAUGCAGGGGAAAGGCCUUAUGAAUGUAGUGACUGUGGAAAAACUUUUGGUUUGAAAUCACAGCUUGCUGUACAUCAGAGAACUCAUACAGGAGAGAAACCGUAUGGGUGUAGUGAAUGUCAGAAAGCCUUUAAUACCAAGUCAAACCUUAUUCUACACCAAAGAACUCAUACAGGGGAGAAGCCAUAUGGUUGUAUUCAGUGUGGAAAUGCCUUUACAUUCAAGUCACAGCUCAUCGCGCAUCAGGGAGCUCACACUGGAGUAAAGCCCUGUGGAUGCAGUCCGUGUGGAAAAACCUUUAGUUGGAAGUCUCAGCUCAUCGUACAUCAGAGAAGUCACACAGGGAGAAUUCACACAGGAGAGAAUCCUUAUGAAUGCAAUUUAUGUGGGAAAGCCUUAAUAGGAAAGACCAGCUCAUUUCACAUCAGCAAACUCAUGCAGGAGAAAAGCCUUCAGGAGCAAGUCCUACCUCAUCGUACACAUGAGAACACAUUCAGGGGAGAAACCGCAUGA